AUGUCACGUCGCUCUCACGCAGGAGGAGAUGUCUAUGCAGACGAACGCGAACGCUAUCCUUCGAGGAGGGAACCGUCUCGCCGCCCUCCAGCUGCAGUCUACGAUGAUGAAAUAGACAUUCGUGAACGCCGCCGCACACAUGCCGCCGAGCCUGAUUUCUUGCGUGACGACCAUGGAAGAAGCAGUAACGCUGGGCAGCUGAUCAUAAGAGAACGGUCAAGAUCACGGGACAGAGCACCCUUGAGCAGCGUUGGGAGGAGGGGUGAAUUGGAAGUGAAAGAAGACCUAGUGAUAAGAGAAAGGUCUCGGGAAAGGCCUAAAAGAAGGGAAGUCAAGGAAGAGGAAGUCAUCAUCUCUAAGAAGGACCGCGAGAAGGAGGGUCCUCGGGAUUAUGAGGAGGUGGUGUACUACCCCGAGGCCGAUGUCAGACCUCAACAAAUCAGAAAGGAGCGAGAAGAUUUCUACUACCGUGAGAGGGAGAGGGAGCGGGAGCGGGACUAUGACGAGGUCUUCGUUCCUCCUCGACGGGAGCCAAGAGGCCAAGACAUACGAUAUGAGCGGGAGGACUAUGAGUUCCGACCUCGAAGAGAGCCUAGCCCACCCGAGACUGUCAGGGAAGAGAUAAUCAUAAGGGACGAAGAAAGGCGCCCAAGAUAUAGGGAGGAGCGAGAUGAAGAGAUCAUCAUAAGAGACAAGUCCAGAGAGCGGGAGAGACCAAGAUAUCGGGAUGAGAUCGAUGAACAAAUCAUCAUUCGGGAUCGAUCGCGGGAGCGGCCAGCCUACAGAGAGGAGAGAGACGAAGAGAUCAUCAUUCGAGACCGUGAAAGGGAGAGACCCAGGUACAACGAAGAAAGAGAUGAAGAGAUCAUCAUCAGAGACAGGGAAAGAGAGCGGCCAAGGUACAGGGAUGAUAGAGAUGAGGAGAUUAUCAUUCGAGAUCGGGAAAGAGAGAAACCGAGAUAUAGAGAGGAGCGUGAUGAAGAGAUCAUUAUCCGAGAGAAGGAACGAGAGAGGGAGAAACCUCGAUACAGGGAGGAAAGGGACGAAGAGAUUAUCAUCAGAGACAGAGAGAGGGAAAAGCCUAGGUAUCGGGAAGAAAGAGACGAAGAGAUCAUCAUCAGAGACAGGGAACGAGAGAGGGCAAAACCAAAGUACAAGGAAGAGAGGGAUGAAGAGAUCAUCAUCCGGAGAGGUGAGGGUCCUAGAGACUCGCCUCGUGCGAGAGACCACUUCGACGAGGAGGACAUAAUAUUCCGAGAAAGGGACCGCGACCGGCUGAGGCCUCAACGGAGCUUUGACAGAGAGACUUUGACUGUGCAGCGGGAUAGAUCUAGGCCGGCAACACGUAACGACACCAGGAACGAAAGUAGAGACGAUGAACUCAUCAUUCGCCGCAGCGAAGGUCAAACCCGUGGACCGUCCCGUGGCCCUUCAGUCAGGAGAAAUGACUACAGAGACGAUGAAACGAUAAUUAGUCGGCACGAAAGAGAACGAGAACCACCACGACGUCGAGAGAGGUCGAGAGAGCGGGACGAAGACGAUAUCAUUGUUCGACAUAGAGACGACGGCCACGGUAAGCACAGCGACCAGAUCAUCAUCAGGCGUAACGAGCCGUCACCUUCUCCUGAACGCGCUCCGACACCUCCACCGCCAGCUCCCCUUCCUCCACCUGAGCCUGUUCGGGCGCCCCCUAUCCACCAAGAAAUCAUCACACACCACCGGCACAUCGAUCACGGCUUUGAGCGAGCACCCGAACCACCCCCAGCACCCCGCCCGCGCAGUCCACCUCGUCCACGCUCCCCCUCGCCAGUGCGCGAGGAGCGCAUCGAGAUACGUCAUAGAAGCAAAUCUCAUGGUCGUGUCUACGACGACGACAUCGUCUUCGAACGCGAGCGUGGCGAGCGUCGUCAGCUUCAAGGAGUCCAUCGAGGCCAUGGCGGCAACGAAGCAGAGGGACGAGAGCUUGCUCUUGUCGACCAACGGGACCAACGGCGAUAUGUAAAACAGACUGAUCCUCGAGAUAAAAUGUGGACAGAAGUCACCAAAGACCUUGUCAGCAAAAAAGCAAUUGAGGAGAUGAAGUACGAAUAUGAGGAAACGCCUGAAUUCUACUAUGUCAUGAAAUUUUUGAAAUAUGAGGACGUACUAGCCCUUGUGGAGCUCACCGAUGACAUCAAACACGAUCGGCGCAACCGCAUCAGAGACAUGCAGGCUGAGCGCGAGUUUUUACGAGAUGGGCCACCGAGGCGAGCAUUAGGAGCUCCACGUCAGGACUGGGAUGAGGAACGUAUUGUGGAGAGGGAGAUUGUCUACGACAAUGGUCAAAGGAGGAGAUACUAG